AUGCCUAUCCCAUCCUAUGGAGCUGCUCCCCUCAGCAAGACCUUCCUCCUCGUGCGCGUUCUCCAAGUCAUCUCCAUGAUCAUCAUCGUCGGCAUAACAGCCAACUUCGUCUCCUUGAUCGUCUCCAGCGGAAUUGAGCCUCCCAAGGAGUUCGUGGGAACCCUCAGCGUGACUUGCAUCGCGACCCUCUACUGCCUCGUCAGCAUCGCCUUCUACUGGUCCGAAGCCAACCUCGGCCUCUUCGUCAUGUCCGGCUUCGACUCGCUCCUGCUCAUCGCCUUCAUCGUCGUCGCCGUGACCGUCGGCAAGCCCCUCUCCUUCCUUAACUGCUACGUCAUCGGCAAAGCGUCGUCCAAGGAAGCCGAGGCCGCGUCCGCGUACGCAUUUACGGAGUCUGUGACCGCGAACCUCAACAUUGUGGGCAACAAGCUGUACCUGGGCAACUGGGCCGGCGCGACCAAGGCCAACUGCUUCGAGACCAAGGCGAUCUGGGGCCUGAGCAUUGCGCUGUGCCUGCUCUUCACGACCUCGUGCAUCCUCCUCCCGACGCUCUUCUAUAAGAACAAGAAGGCGGGCGCGGCGCCUAAGUCGGUGGAUGUUUAA